CAAAAUUGAAAAAGAAAAACGAAAUUGCAUAUUUUUAUAUAUGUAUAAGAAAAUUAAACUUGAGUCGUCGGUAGUAUUAUUGCAUCCCCUCUCUCUCUCUAUCUCUCUCUAAAUCUUCCUCCUCUCUCUCUCUCUCUAGAAAUGGCGGAGGCUGCGGUGACAUUCCUGCUGGAAACGGUGACGGAGAUACUGAAAUACUACGCCGAUCUGAUCGCCGGAGCGGAAGGCGAGCUGCAGGAGCUGCAGAAGGAGCUGGAACUGUUGAAGGCCUGCCUGAAGGAGGCGGCGGAGAUGCCGGAGAAGGGGCCCCACUUCAGAGUAUUAGAGAAGAUGAUGAGGGAGAUUAUUUAUGACGUGGAGGACACCCUCGAUAUCUGUCUGACCGAUGCUUCCGCCUCCGCCUCCGCCGCGGCGGCGAAGUCCAAGAAGAAGCUUUUCGGCCGCCGGAAGGCACAGGCGGCGCUGAGAGCUAUCAGCAUGGCGGAGAAGGUGAAAUCGCUAAGAGAAAUGGUGAAGCCGAUCUACCAAAAGGCGACGAUGGAACUUGAGAACAUGAAAAACAGGCGUGGAUCUUCCUCCGGCGCCGGUGAGGAAUCAAGGACUAUUGUGAAAAAGGAUCUGACAAUCAGGCAAGACAAAGUUGUAGGUUUCGAAGACGAGGAAGCGAAAAUCGUCGGCUUUCUCACCGAACAAAGAAAAGAACUCGACGUUAUCUCCAUCAUCGGUAUGCCCGGCCUGGGCAAGACGACGCUAACAUGGAAGAUCUACGACAGCGACGCGAUCCAGCGCGCGUACCGCAUUCGGAUAUGGGUCAACGUUUCUCAAAAGUUCAACAAAAAGGAGUUGCUUCUCAACAUUCUCAAAGAGUUCACGGGCGAAGACAUGUCCAACAAGGGCAACUUCGAACUCGAGCAGGCGGUUCGAAAGUGUCUCAAAGACGAAAAGUUUCUGAUAGUUUUGGACGAUGUGUGGAAUGUCGAAGACUGGAAAACCAUCAAGAAAGUCUUGCCGAUGAUCAACGGGUUGGGUAAGGUCAUAAUAACUAGCCGCUUCGUCGAAGUCGGUACGAGCGCUAGUAUCAGAGGACCGUAUAAACUGCGGUUCCUUACGAAAGACGAGAGUUGGAAACUCCUUCAAUUGGAGGUAUUCGAGGAUGUCGGCGUUUGUCCUCCGGAGUUGGUAGCCGUCGGCGAACAAGUGGCCCACAACUGCGACGGACUGCCGCUCACGAUAGUGGUGAUCGGGGGAAUUCUCGUCGCGCAGUUCUCGAGGCAACGGCCGAUCGGCGUGACAAAGAACGAAUGGAUUAAGGUGUCCGAGAAUGUGAUCCAGUUCGCGAAAACCGACAAGAAAAACCACAUAUCGAAUGUUGUGGGGUUGAGCUACGAUAUAUUGCCCGACGAGUUGAAGGAGUGUUUUAUCUACAUGGGGGUAUUUCCGGAAGAUCACGAGAUACCGGCGUGGACGUUGACGCGGUUGUGGAUUGCCGAAGGAUUCAUACAACAGAAGGAAGGGCAAAGCCUGGAGGAAACCGCGGAGGAGUAUUUGAACGACCUCAUCAACCGGAACUUGUUGAUGGUUGGUCGAAUAAACCCGAUGGGCGAAAACAAAACGUGCUCCGUUCACGACGUGAUACACUUGUUCUGCAUUACGAAAGCUGUCGAGCAGAAUCUAUUCCAAGAGAUCAAAACGUUGAGCCAAGGAGUAUCUCUGCCUCCGAUUCCCGCUACGGAAAAGUACCAUCGUCUUUGUUUCAGCUCGGAUCUCUCUAAAUUCCUCUCCGAAGGAAAGGUUUACCCGAGCGUUCGUUCGUUUCUGUCUUUCUACAAGGAUCUCGUGGAGUUGAAGCCGGAAUACAUCACGUCGAUCCCCGACGCGUUCAAGUUGCUCAGGGUUUUGAAUUCCAACUCGAUCAGAUUCCAUCAAUUCCCGCUGACGGUUACCGAGUUGUGUCAUUUGAGGUACGUCACGCUAUACGUUCACAAUCUCACGGUUAUUCCCGAGUCGAUCUCCAAGCUAUGGAACCUGCAGACGCUUCUAGUCGAGACGAACUCGAAUACGGUUGCGAUGAACGGGAAUCUAUGGAGUAUGGUUCGGCUGAGGCAUCUCAAGACGAAGGCAGCCAUGGUUCUUGACCAGGAGCAGAAAGGCAACGCCGGCGAAAACAUUCAAACACUGAGUACGCUGUCGCCGGAAUCUUGCACGGAGAUCGUGGCGAAAAACGCGCGCAACGUAAAGGAACUGCGGGUUCGCGGGAAUUUGGACACGCUCUUCGACGCCAGGUUCUUGGAGAAACUGCUCUCCCUCGAAAAGCUGAAGCUGGUGCACGAGAAAUCCGGGAAAAUUAGCCUUCCGAAAACGAGCUUCUUCCCGAGAAAUUUGAAGCGGCUGACUUUGAGGAAAACAUCCCUACAAUGGAGCGAUAUGUCUACACUGGCGAAAAUUGAAAAGCUCGAGGUACUCAAGUUGAAACAGGGAGCAUUCGUCGGAAUCCAGUGGACGGUUCGUGAUGUAUUUCCGAGUCUUCAGUUCUUGCUCAUCGACGACGCGGAUCUCGUUAUCUGGGAGGCCUCGGCGAAACAUUUUCCUAGUCUGACGUGUCUUUCGAUCAAGAAAUGCCAAAAACUCAAAGAAAUUCCACUGGAGCUGGCGAAAAACCUCCAGAGAUUGGAUAUUGAUUUCCUCCGGAAAUCCGCUACCGCGUCUGCUAGGGCUAUUCAAGAACGGAAGAAGAAAGAUCAAGAACAUGAACAAAAAGUCCGAUGGGGGGUUGGAUUCCAGCUCUCCGUUGGUUCGGGAUGUGAGGCAUAAACUAUCAAUCAAGCUCGAAAAUCGAAACAAUCGACUACCUUAAUUAUCAUCAGGUGAAUAAAACGGGAGCCGUGUUUUUGCUUAAUUCCUUGCAAAUAAGUGCUGAACUUCAUCUUGUUCUAGAUGAGGAACUUCAAAAUGUCUGUACUCUUUAUUUACGUUGUCGACCUACCGUCGUCGUUUUUCGUGUAUUACUUUUGUGUGUUUCUUAUAUUCAACAAACUAUUGUAUUUUUUCCAAGAUUAUUAAUAAAAAUUGGCUCUAGAUGUUCUUCAUUUUUA